AUGCGCCACAGCUACUUUUUUCUGGCGGCUUGCGGUGUUUUGGCUACAACUAUCGACAGUCUCGCUGAUGCAACCAAGAGCAAGAGCCCAUCUGUUGUCGGUGAAGAGCACACGGCAUCCGUCCUCAUCAAGAAAGGCAACCUUGUAGCAAACGUCACGAUUGAUGUCGAGCAAAGUACUAACGAGGCUGAGGACCCGGAAAGUAGUGACUCGAACGACAACGACUUCACCAAACAAGCGACCGGCACGGAGGAGAGAGCGUUGACCCCACCAGGGAAGCAUUACGCGCUGAAAAGCGUCCUCAAACACCCUAUCGCCUUUUUGAGGUUCCUGCUGGGAUACGGCAAGAUUCAUAUCACUGGAGUCUUCUAG